AUGGGUUACGACUACGCGUUGGUGCACCUCAAGUACACCAUCCCAUUGGCAGCGUUGCUGACCUUUUUCUCAUACCCUCUCCUCACUCGGCUCGAUAUUGUGAGGACACUUUUCAUCGUCACAAUUGCCUUUGUGGCCACUAUUCCUUGGGACUCCUACCUCAUCAGAACUGGCAUUUGGUCUUAUCCGCCCGACGCUGUUCUCGGUCCAACUCUCUUCGACAUUCCAAUUGAGGAGCUCUUCUUUUUCAUAAUCCAGACCUACAUUACAGCUCAGCUGUAUAUUAUUCUCAACAAGCCUGUUUUGCACGCGCAAUACCUCAAUUCACCCGCCACCGUUCCCCAAUGGAUAAAGCACGGAAAAAUUCUUGGACAGGUUGCUCUUGCCGGUAGCAUCGCGCUGGGCGCCUUCCUGAUCAUCAAAGAGGGCGAGGGAACAUACAUGGGCCUGAUCCUGGUCUGGGCAUGCUUGUUUGCCUUGUUCACUUGGACCAUUACCGCACACUUCCUUCUCGCCCUGCCGAAAGCAUGUACAGCUCUCCCCAUCAUCCUUCCCACAGUCUAUCUCUGGGUGGUUGAUGAGAUGGCACUGGGCCGCGGCACAUGGGCCAUUGAGAGCGGUACCAAGCUUGACAUCAAGCUCUUUGGCGACCUGGAGAUUGAGGAGGCCACCUUCUUCUUGGUGACCAACAUUCUCAUUGUCUUUGGGGUGGCUGCCUUUGACAAGGCCGUUGCCGUUUGCGAUGUCUUCCCAGACAAGUUUGACAAACCAGCCGAUGCUUUAUCAAUGUCCCUGUUGCGCGCCAGAGUCCUGCCUUCGUCAGAGUACGACAUGGAGCGCAUUCUCGGUAUCCGACAGGCGGUGACCAGACUGGCCAAGAAGAGUCGCAGCUUUUAUCUUGCAAGCUCUGUCUUUCCCGGCCGUCUACGCAUCGACCUUACCCUGCUGUACUCCUACUGCCGCCUGGCCGAUGACCUCGUCGAUGAAGCCGAGAACCCUCAAGAAGCGUCCGUUUGGAUUUCCAAGCUCGACCGGCACCUCAGCUUGCUGUACAAGGACCCCGAUUCCACAUCAGCCCCUCUCGCCUCUCAAUAUGCAGCAGAGAACUUCCCGCCCUCGGCACUCUCUGCCCUCAACUUGCUUCCCUCUUCUCGCAUCCCCCGCGAACCGCUUGCGGAGCUGCUCAAAGGCUUCGAAAUGGAUUUGUGCUUCAGCAACAACACCUUCCCCAUUGCUACACCGGAAGAUCUCGAGCUCUAUGCCGCCCGCGUCGCCAGCACUGUUGGCCAAUCCUGUCUGGAGCUAGUCUUCUGUCACUGCAACCAUAACCUACCGCCCUACAUGCAAGCCUACCUUCGGAACACAGCGCGCCAGAUGGGCUUGGCUCUUCAAUUCGUCAAUAUCGCCCGCGACAUCGCCGUCGACGCCAAGAUCGGCCGCGUCUACUUGCCGACAUCCUGGCUCAAGGACGAAGGUUUGACUCCCGAGGACGUCCUGAGGAACCCCAGCACCGAGCGUGUUGCGAAUGUGCGUCGCAGAAUCCUCGCCAAGGCUUUCGAUCACUACAACGAAGCUCGGGGAUCAAUGAAGUGGAUCCCAUCGGAGGCGCGCGGCCCCAUGGUGGUCGCUGUGGAGAGUUACAUGGAGAUAGGUCGCGUCCUGGUGCGCAAAGGCAGCGCCUCUGCCGCGGAUGGCACUGGACGGGCUACGGUGCCCAAGUCCCGGCGCGUUUGGGUCGCAUGGAGUACCUUGAUGGUGUCUUAG